CACACCUCGAGACGCUGUGAGCAUUGCUCUUUGAUGCAGGGAUCCUAGCAGGUGAAUCCCGUGCCCGAGUCAGUGUUCACUUUCAGGGGCCACUAUCUUGAAGCACAAGCAUCAUGGGCUAUUAAGUUCCAUUACCAGUCCAGACCACAUCUCAUUGCCCACCCCCUUCGCGCAUCGCAUCGCAUCGCAUCUCGACAACCGCCAUUCCCGUCAAGAUGCCCACAGCUAGUAAAGGCAAGGGCAAAGGUCGCGAAGCGCGACCCUCCCGAAGUCGCAACACCACCCCCAACUCCAGCUUCAGCGCCGGCCCGACCGCCCCCGCCCAGCUCCACAUCUACCUCGACAACGAUGCCUCCAAGUUGAUCCUGACCCCUUCCGCCAUACAAUAUGGAGAACUCCUGGAGCGCAUGGGUGGUGUUGGCCCUAUCCCCGACUCCAAGUCGCUCGAGUUGUUGAUGGAACACCUCAAGACCCUCAGCCAGCUAGCCGAAACUCGGAGUGACGCAUGCAAUGCUGGCAUCCGGGAGCUAUCACAGAAGCGCAAGGAGGUGGUCGAAGAACCAGAGUCAGCCGAGAGAGAUGGUAGCGACCGCGUGAAGAUGAAGCGUGAAGCUGAUGAUGAGGAGGAAGAAAAGGUGUUAAAGGGAGGGAAGUUGAAGAGACGAAAGGAGCGCGGGAGCAGCUCCAAAGAGGAACGCCCGCUGGCUCACGGCGCCCAUGACAUCGCACGACAGGAUGGCGCCGAGACAAAAGUUGAAGGAGCCGCAUCGCCAGCUUCCAAAAAGUCGAAGCACGCGCCUUCCGAAGAGGCCUCAUCACUGUCACCUUCGUUGCGAACGUCGCCUCGGCCAGCCGCGGCCGACACUGCCGAUGAUGCAGGGUCGCCCGGGUCCGAUGAUAGUUCCGAGUCACACCAGCCUGAGCCCGCCCCGGCUGUGCCACAGGUGCAAGUCUUCGGCCCCAACCCACUCAAGUUCGAUGAUCCGACCGUGUACCAUAUUCGGGACGUCACUCCAGACAUGACAGACGAGGAGAAGAAGGUGAUCUACAGCGUAAAUCGUUUUCCCUGGAGUGAUCUGAGCCAUCUGAUGGCGGGCUCCCCUCCAGAUCGGGAUUUCAGCAACGCCAAGCCGACCAACCAAGUCAGCGCCAAUACGUUCCUUGCCUAUGUCGACCCCUACGUCCGCCCAUUGACGGAGGAGGACAUGGCGUUUCUGAAAGAGAAGGGUGAUCGAGCGACCCCCUUCAUCAUGCCCAGACGCGGAAAGAAACACUACACGGAGACGUGGGCUGAGGAUGACGGACUCAUGAACGUUGACCAGGCUAACGGUGACAAAGAGCGGUUGCCUCUCAACCAGGGCCGGGGAAACAUUGACCAGGUGACCGACGAAACCCUCGAAACCGACAAGAUCUCCGUGGGUCCUGUCGUGAGCCGCCUCUACUCCCUAUUACGUUACGAGCAUCGUGCUCCUCCCGAUGAAGGCACCGCCAAUGGCUCCGUCAACGGCGAUGUCGCUAAUGGCCCCAUGAACGGCGACUCUAUGGACAUUGACCACCCAGCUGGGGACUCUGAGAGCAAGCCUCUCCCCUCGGCGACCGCAUUCCCCGACGCCUCUCCCAACAACUUCAAAGUUCCCGCCGCGAAGCUCGAUCACGCACAGCUGGACGAGCGACUCAAAGCCGAACUCCGCCACGUCGGCUUCCUCGGCGCCGAUGACAACCCCGACUACGACGCCCACUACGACGAUGACAUCGCCCAGCGGCUCCGCCUUCUCCAAAGCGAGCUCAAAAAGCAAAUGAUCAUCAACAGCGCCCGCAAAACCCGCCUCCUGGAGAUCGCCCGUGAACGCAUGGCCCACCAAGAGUACAUGACCAUCCACGACGACCUCGACUCGCAAGUGCAGCAAGCCUAUCUCAAGCGCACCCGCACUCUCGGCAAGAGCAAGAAGGGCUCGCAGGCCAAACACCGCCCCGGCGGCGCAGGCGGCGGCAGCCAUGUCGUCAGCGCAGCGGGUGUCGGCCGCCCCGCCAUCGGCGACGUUGCCCGCACCCUCAUGGACCGACGCAAGCGGUGGCGUGAUUGCAUCGGCCCCGUCUUCAAAGACUGCAAGACCAGCGUACCAGGCAAGGCCGAAACCGUCUUUGACCCAGCUCUGAUGGCCGAGUACGAGAAGGCCGAAGUCGAGGGCUGGGACGAAGAACAGGAGUGAUGAAUGAUUCUCAAUACCCACUUUUGACUAACUCUAACUCGGGUUGGUUUAUAUUUGUUUCGCUGUACAUCUUUUCGUUUUUUGCUGUGCCAUGUUAGCGAUGCUCGGAGUGGGGCCUGUAUUGAUACGUUAGAUCACGAUUUUGAGUUGUCUGUGUCUCCCUCUAUGGACUUGAGGGGCUUUGGUUUCCGGGUUAUGACUGGCGUUGUGGGGGGAUGUUACUUAUUGAUCGAUGGAUGAAUUACUUGAUGGAUGGGCGUUUGGCAGACGUUACGGAUACGUACGUAUCUAAGAAGAUACCUAUAUUCUUUCGGAUAGGAUACGAUAGGUGAGCAGAGGAAGGCUAUUAAUACCACUCAACUUUACGAUGUUA